CAGGCUUGAGUGAGAAACACCCCAGGAAUACACUAGAACAGCUACAAUGGUCCAAGUGAGCUCCAUCCUGCUCCUCCUGUCUGCCCUGUUGGGACUGUCGGCCGCGGGGGGAGAGGACGCGCUGUGUUCAUGUACCCAGGGGGACCAGCCCAUUCUCCCAACCAGCGGGGGGAACCAGGUCUAUACCAUUGUUAUACCCAACAACAACAACGGGGGGGAGUCACCCACAUGUGUCACCGCAGACAUUGCGCCUUCCACUGCGGAGAAGAUUCAGACAAGAAUCGUCCUACUCGAGAACAAGAUUCUUAAGGAGACAUUGCUGAAUAAGGAACAAGACGCCACCUUGGCUAGACUUGAGAGGGAAAGAACACUACAAGUUAACACAACCAAACCUGACAAGCCGUCAGGGAAAGAAUCUAACGUUAAGGACCAACCGGUUGAAGCGAAAUUCUCAGGGAGCAUCCAGACGGAGUUUAAGGCGUACCUCGAGGACGAUCGCGCGAGUUUCCUCAGCGGGACGGCACCGGCGUAUGUCAUGGACGUGCCCAAACCCUCCCACCACCACAGGAAGGACACGACCUUGAGCCACAAGGACGCGACCUUGCGCGGCAUUAUGGAGCAGCUGGAGGCGCAGGAGAAACGUCUGUCAGAGACCCAGGAGACCGACAAGGACCAGGAGGAGAAGUUUGCUGAGAUUUUCCGGCGGAACAACAACCUGUCCGUGGAGAUGGCAAGGUCGAAGCUGGCCAGCGCCAAGGUCACGGCGACCUUGGAGAAGCUGCAGCAGUCGAACAAGAACCUGAGUCAGCAGCUGGGGGCUGCACAGGAGGAGAACAGGCAGCAGAGGGUCAAACUGCAGGAGACCUGGGAGGUGUUAGUGGACUACAAGUCGUCCUUUAACCAGCUGGUCGGGCAGUUCCAGCAACUCGCCAAGGUCAACACACACCUGGAGACAACGGUCAAGAACCUGUCCCAGACACUGCAGCACCUGCAGCAGACCUAUAACCACCAGCAGACGAAGCUUGCCUCCAUGGAGCAGGCAGUACAGAACUGCACCAGGGGCUGCCGGGGUGCAGUAAUGCACAGCAGCCAACAGGGGGCGGCAGUGUACAGGACCAGCCAGGCUGCAGCGCUGCUCAGCAGCAGCCAGGGGUCCUCGGUGCACAGUCAGGGUGUACCGCUGCACAGUACCAGCCAGGGAGUACCGCUGAGCCAGCCCAGUGUCCGGCCGUAUGAGACCACAGGAGCGGGGUACCCGUACCACAUGCUGGAGAAGGGCAUUCAGCUCAAACAGGCGCCACAACUGCUGUCAGCAGAGAAGGCCUGGGAGAUCCACAAUCAGAAGAGCAACGCAAACACACAGGACACUCAGGGGUACGGAGGCACCCAGCAUCAGGAGCCGAGCUACUACUACAGCGGGGGCAGCUACGGGGGGUCAGAUACGGGGAACACGUACGGUAACAGCUACGGGAACACCUAUCAGAACUCUGGUUCGGGGAGUAGCUAUGGCAACACUGGCGGUAGCUAUGGCAACACUGGUACAGGCGGUAGCUAUGGCAACACUGGAGGUAGCUAUGGCAACACAGGUGGUAGCUAUGGCAACACAGGUGGUAACUAUGGCAACACAGGUGGUAACUAUGGCAAUACUGGUAACACCUAUGGCAGCACGGGUAACACCUAUGGCAGCAGGGGUAACACCUAUGGCAGUGGAGGCACAGCGAACACCUAUGGAUCCUAUAGUGCUGGAAACACCCUCGGGAAUACCGGUACAGGGAGCACCUACGGAAGUGGCAGUACGGGGAGCGCGUACGGAAGCAACGGAGUAGGGAGUACCUAUGUCGGCAGCAACACAGGAAAUGCCUAUGUGAGUGCUGGAAACACAUACCAGGGUGGCAGUAGUGUUUACAGGAGUGGGGAAAGUUCCGGUAGCGUCUAUCGCAGCGGAAGCUCGGCAAACACUUAUCGCAGCAGCAGCGAUGGAGGCAGAAACACCGCAGCAUUUACGCAGUCUGAGACCAGCUGGCUGUAUCCCGGCAACGACGGAAACACCCAGGACCAGCUGUCCACGUAUCCACGCAGUCAAGACCCAACUUACGACCCCGAACAACCCGAAAAACAGCCCACAUACGACCCGGACGGUUACCAAGCAGACGCACCAGCCCCCGCAAAGCUCCUCGCUUCCGAGCCGGCGAAACCGGUCGUUAGGCAGCCGCUGACGUUCGUUAAGGCUAAUGAUGCGGCCACGCCAAUGAAGGACUACGAACAGGAGUACCUGGCACAGUAUAAGGACGCCCAGUACACCGAGCCCAACGCUGCGUUCGGGGACUCAGCCUACGAACCCAUCUCAGACCUACUCAAGGUGACGAACCUGCCCCGAGACUGUGCGGACUGGUUUGUAACCGGCCACCUGAAGUCAGACAUCUACAUGGUGGAGCCGACAGACUGGCAAAGCUUCCCCGUAUCAUGUGACAUGGACACGGCAGGAGGCGGCUGGACUGUGCUACAGCGACGCACAGAUGGAAGUGUGAAUUUCAACCGUGACUGGUCGGACUACUCUCGUGGGUUCGGCACGAUUAGCGGGGAACACUGGCUCGGCCUUGAUAACCUGUACUACCUCACCCGACAACGCAACUACAAACUCCGCAUCGACCUGACGGACUGGACGGGGAAACGUGUCUUCGCCGAGUACGACCAGUUCUACAUCGAUGGAGAGGACGACAGGUACCGGCUGCACAUCUCGGGUUACCGUGGCAACGCCAACGACUCGAUGGUGUACCACGACAAGCAGAGGUUCAGCACGAGAGACCGCGACCACGACCGCAGCGGGGGCCACUGCGCGGAGCAGUGCAGUAGCGGCUGGUGGUUUAACAACUGCCACUUCUCCAACCUGAACGGGGUGUACCACCAGGGCGGGCCCUACAACCACACCUUCCGCUCGGGCAUCGAGUGGUACCACUGGAAGGGCAAGAGCUACUCCCUCAAGGGCGUGGAGAUGAAGGUCAGACCGUCAGACUUCUGAUGACCACCUUCAGGUGUUAGCUCAAUGUCAUUUAUACACACUUUGAACAACUCCAGGACUUUCUGCUUCAACUACGUCAAAUUUCUCAGAGAUGAAGGUCAGACCAUUCAGACUUCUGAUGAUGACCUUCAGGACGACCUUAAGGAUGACCUUCAACACACCUGUCUGCUAAACGUUGCCAGUGUUUCACUACAACACAUUUUUUAUGUACAUGUGACCGUGAGUGAAGAGUUUAUAAAGAUCAAACACACCUGUCUCAUGUCUAACAUUUCUGAUGAUCACUUUGACUUGAACAACUACAAGUAAAAGUGUGUGGAAACUAAGUUUGAUCAAACUUCUCAGUUGGAACCAAAAACCUCAAGUCACUUCCCCAAAGCACUUCCACAUGUUGCUAGCUAGUACCGAGUACACCCAUGUAAUAAAUGAAAACAAGCACAUCUUGAUUUCUUAGAAACAGAGCAUUAUUUACGACACUUAUUCAAGACUCAGUAAAUAGACCCGCUUUGCACCUGUGACACAGAGAACCAUCCUCAGGGAUUCAGUAUUCCAACCAAAUAAAUGUCACUCCACAAUCAUGGAAGAACAACGUUCUGUCACCGACUGCAUUCAGACAUACAUGUACAUGUACAGCACUGUAUAUGACUGUAGAACAUCUAUUACUCUGUUUCUUAUGUGAUAAACUGAUGAUUGAGUCUCCAUGUAUAUCUACAAACCACCAUGUACAAAACUGCUGAUUUCUCUUAAAAUUUUAUGGAAUUUAUCAUAUUCAACAUUAUAUCAAAUCUCAAUUCAAAAAUUAUGUCAGGAUUCCUGUUCAUUCUUAGUGUUUUACGCCUGUUUUUUCAACAUCUAGUUCUACUUUUUUACUCCACCUCCUACAGGGCAAAAACAAGAAUAAAACUGUGAGAAUGAAUAGAUCCAUAUAUCUGGAUAGAGAACUUAAUAUACAUUGUGCCAUUUGUGUCUUAUAUUGACUGAGGUAAGUUAUGAAGAAAGAUUCUAUAAUUGUGGAAAAACCUAUUAUUAGUUUCUGGUAUCAGAACAUAUCUUUGAAGCAUCUCAUUUUUGUUAUUGUGAGUCACAGCUAGUAUUUAUGCAAAUUAGUUAUGCAAAUUAGCCCAGGUCAACGCCCUGAGUUGUAAAUAUUGCCUUUAUUCAUUAUUUUCUAUUCGUUAGUAUUAAUUAGUCUUCAUCAUUAUGACGCUCUGUAAGAGUUAUCCAAUCUUUUCAUUUUUAUCACUCGUGUAUUUUUAAGCAUUAUUAUUUUAUUAUAUUGAACAUUCAUGGUGCUACAGAACAUACUGUUUACCUCUUAGGUGGUUUGUUUGUUGGGUACUUUGUAUAGUUAGUGUUUAUGUGUAUUUUUGAA